AGUGAGGCGACAGUAGUUUGACUGGCUGUUUUUACUCCGACUCUGGCCCGUCUGUAGGACGUUUCUUCUCCUCUUGUAACGAGAUAAUUGAACACAAACCAUGAACAGUUUAUUCCGAUCCGCUGCUCGGUGUCUCCGCUCGGGUCCGGCUGUCUACCUGCCCAGACAAACCGACGGCCGCUCGCAGUGGGCCUCAGUCCGGCUCCUGUGCUCGGCGGCGGAUCUCCAGAAAGACCUCGGUGAGAUGGUGAAGAAGGACAAAGUGGUGGUGUUUAUGAAAGGCACGCCGGCGCAGCCCAUGUGCGGCUUCAGUAACGCUGUGGUUCAGAUCCUCCGGAUGCACGGCGUGGACAACUACGCAGCGUACAACGUGUUGGAGGACCAGGACCUCAGACAAGGAGUCAAAGACUUCUCCAACUGGCCCACGAUCCCUCAGGUGUACUUCAAUGGCGAGUUUGUGGGAGGCUGCGACAUCUUUCUGCAGAUGCACCAGAACGGAGACCUGGUGGAGGAGCUGAAGAAGCUGGGCAUCCGCUCUGCAGUGCUGGACGCAGAGAAAGAGUCCAAGUAAUGGACGGGUAUAAGCGUGACGCGGCUGACUCAUCCAAAGGCGCAUUUAUCAGGUUGAACCCCUCCCCACUGCCGCCGC